UACUUGGAAAACUUGAAAGAAGCGUAAUGUCGAGUACUCCGCAUAGUAAGAAAAAGAUUUGCUAUUAUUACGAUGGAGACAUUGGCAACUACUACUAUGGCCAAGGUCAUCCCAUGAAGCCCCAUCGUAUACGCAUGACACACAACCUGUUACUAAAUUAUGGCCUCUAUAGAAAGAUGGAGAUAUAUCGUCCUCAUAAAGCCACACAGGAAGAGAUGACAAAAUUCCACAGUGAUGAUUACAUUAAGUUUCUGCGUAGCAUCAGGCCAGACAACAUGUCAGAAUACAACAAACAGAUGCAAAGAUUCAAUGUAGGAGAAGAUUGCCCAGUAUUUGAUGGAAUGUAUGAGUUCUGCCAACUCUCAACAGGGGGCUCUGUAGCUGGAGCUGUUAAACUGAACAAGCAGGCUGCAGAUAUUGCCAUAAACUGGGGUGGUGGACUUCAUCACGCUAAGAAAUCUGAGGCUUCUGGAUUCUGUUAUGUCAAUGAUAUUGUGUUGGGAAUAUUAGAACUCCUCAAAUACCACCAACGUGUGUUAUACAUAGAUAUUGACAUCCAUCACGGUGAUGGAGUAGAGGAGGCAUUCUAUACCACAGAUAGAGUGAUGACUGUCUCCUUCCAUAAAUACGGGGAGUACUUCCCAGGCACUGGUGAUCUCAGGGACAUAGGAGCAGGCAAGGGUAAAUACUAUGCAGUGAACUUCCCUCUUCGUGAUGGCAUCGAUGAUGACUCAUUCCAGACAAUAUUUCAAUCAGUAAUGUGUAAGGUAAUGGAGAUGUACCAACCCAGUGCAGUGGUGUUACAGUGUGGGGCAGAUUCACUCUCUGGAGACAGGCUUGGCUGCUUCAACCUCACAUUGAAAGGUCAUGGCAAAUGUGUUGACUUCAUGAAGAAAUACAAUCUUCCUCUCCUACUACUUGGGGGUGGUGGUUACACCAUACGUAAUGUGGCAAGAUGCUGGACAUAUGAAACCUCAAUUGCCCUUGGGGUGGAUGUGGCAAAUGAGCUACCAUACAAUGACUACUUUGAGUACUAUGGACCAGACUUCAAGCUUCACAUUAGCCCAUCUAACAUGGCAAAUCAGAACACCACAGAAUAUAUGGACAAAAUAAAAACUCGGUUAUUUGAAAAUCUCAGAAUGUUACCUCAUGCCCCUGGUGUACAAAUGCAAAAUAUCCCUGAAGAUGCUAUCAAUGAUGAAGAAAGUGAAGAUGACAGAAAGCCAGAUGAACGAGUCUCAAUACGUGCCACUGACAAACGUAUCACAGAUGAUGGUGUAUACAGCGAUAGUGAAGAUGAGGGGGAGGAUGGACGCCGGGACAGACAAAGCUUCCAGCGUAAGAAACUUAAGACCGAUGAUGAUGAUAACAAAGAAACCGCAGAUAAAGAUGGUGCUGAAGGGGAGAAGGAACAGAAAUCAGACGCAACAGAGUCCAAAGUUGAAAAAUCUGAAGAAAACAAGGUGAAAAAUGGUGACUCUACAACAGAAUCAACCACUAAGGGUGAAGGUGACUCAGCACCUCCAAAGGCAGAUGCCCCAGCUCCAGAGAACAAGGACACUGUGCCCUCAGGAGAGGAGAAAAUGGAUACAUGAAGUGGAACAAUAUGCAUAAUGUUUUUGCUGAUACAAAAAGUAGUGCUAGGAUGAAGUCAAAAUGGAUUAAUAUGCAAUACUAUCAAAUCAAAAUUUAUUUUGUAAAGUGGCAUAUUUUCCAAGCGAGAUAUAUUCAGAAUAAGACUGUUCUGCACAUACAGAUAUUUGUGUGUAUGGCUGCAUUGCACCAGCAUACAAAUCUGCAAAUAAUCAUGACCAAAUGAAUGUCCACAUACUAAAUUAUUUUUCUAUAUUUUUUUUCAUGCUAGAAAAAUACUUAACUGUCUUUGUCUUUUAGGGAGUUUCUGUCCACCUUACCAAAGGUGCAGUUUUACAUCUUAAGAAUGAAGUCUAUCAUGACAUAAGGAUAAAUAAAGGAUUGACAAUUGCAUUUGUUCAUCAGAAGUAAGUAUAGUAAGACCCCUCUGAUCCGAAACCACUGGAAGAGUUUGCAUUAGCAGGCAUGCACAUUUAUGUCAGUCAAAGUGAAAUAUCAAAAUUGGGACAGAAAAAUGUUCACAUCGAGAGGUGUUUGGAUUAAAGAGAUGUACAGGUUUUACUGUAGGUCUACUCUCAAUUUUUAUCAGAUAACUAGCUGUGAAUGUUUUUGUUUUUUAACGUUGCACUGUACUGAAUGUCAUAUUGAAAACAAAUAAAUAGAUAUAAAAAA